GCGGCUGUCCCAGGACAGACUCAGACGGGGGAUUUCCAAGUAAGAGACUGCAGAGUUCUCGGCUUUCUUGUCUUCAAAAAGUGUGUCCGUGCUGUUCUAGAAGACGUGUAACGAGAAAUUUACUCUGUCAGUGAAGGGUGAAGUUGCUUUGUGCAAGAACUGGGGGCAACAACAGUCGCACGAAGUGGGUAACGUUACUUCCGGGUUUCGGACCCAUAUCGGCUUACGUCAACUUCUAGGGUCGCCUCAACUUCAUGAUUGGGUUGGUCCACAACAGUGAAAACCAGCAGGCUACUCAGGAGGUCCUGUGUGCAGCACUGACGGACAGAUGGCAGCGAUAAGUUCAGAGGAGGCCAUGUUGUCGGACGCCUCCCUGACACGGUUGGCAGAUGAGCUGGGGUCGGAGAGUCGGAGUCUGGGUAUCUUCCUGGGCCUGCCCAAGGUGAAGGUGGACCUGUGCUUCGCCAACCAUCCACAUGACAUGGAGGCGGCCAUCAUUGACAUCAUGACAAAAUGGCGCAAUAAAACAAGAGACAAGGGUGCAGAGGCACAGGUUGCACAGCUGGUCCAGGCCCUGAGAGAGAUCAGUCGAGUGGACCUGGCUGAGAGAGUCAUGGAUGGGGACUUCUUGGGUACAGUUCGCGGAGGAACAGGUGCUCCUAUCCAGGAGACUAUGAACAUGGACUUUGAGGAAGAAGACAGUGUUCCAUAUCCAGUACAGGCAGAAGCAGAUGCUGCUCCACCCCAAGGAUCCGUAAACACUCCCUACCAGGGCAUCCAUGUACAGGAGACAACCACUGCACCAGCCAGGGCACCUCCACCUACCUACCCUUUGGGACGUAUGGUCGGCAGAGCUCUGAUCAUCAACAACAUCAAGUUUCCCACAAGGCACCAGGAGAACCGUAGGGGCAUGGAGAAGGACAGUUGUGACCUUGAGCGGGUUCUAAAGAAGCUUGGGUUCAAGGUCACCACAAAACUGAACCUAAACUCUACAGAGAUGAAGAAGGCCAUCCGUAAGUUUGUGGAGACAAAAGACCACAGCUACUCCACCUGUCUGUUGGUGUCCGUCAUGACGCACGGCUCCGGCCCCGACGCCAUGGGAACGGACUGGCAGGGGGUCAGGUUACACCAGGAUAUCUUCACACCCAUCAUCAGGUCCAGCAUCGACUGUCCCAAGAUCUUCAUCAUGCAGAUGUGCAGGGGAGGUGAGCUUGACUUUGGGCGGUGGCGAACAGAUGCUUCCCGACCCGGCGAUGGUCCAGAAGAUGAAUACAGUGACUCAUCUGUGUCUGACAGUGAGGAGAUGGUCGAUGAUGAAGAUCUGCAGGUAGACUGGGUGGAAGUGGAACAGAGCCUCCAGCCCACAGACUCUGACUCCAUCAUCCUGUUUGCCUGUGCCGAGGGCAGGAAGGCUCUCAGGCACAGUCUGGAGGGAUCAGUCCUGAUACAGAAUGUUGUGAAGGUGUUUGAUGCACACGGUCAGGAAGAGGACAUUGACACACUCUUCACACGUGUGCGACACGAGGUGGCCAACUGCAACGCAUACAUAGACGUGGACGGAUCGCAGUGCAUAGUCAAGCAGGCCGCGGAGACGCGCGUGUUUCUCCGGAAAAAACUCUUCCUUCAAUGUCAGCGUUGACUUGUGCAAAGCAAACACAGAGUGGGGGGGCAUUGAAUG